AUGAGCGAAUCAGCAUGCAAACAUGCGGAUGUGCGCAAGUUCGACGGAAUAAGUUGCUGCCUCAGCUGUGGCGAGGCUGUGUUCGAAGCCAUUUCUUCAACGACCCCCGUCCACACGAUUGAGCCGAUAACCUCUUAUGAAUACACAAAGCUGGACUAUAGCAUCGGCCGCGAAAUUCGACUCGUUCUCCUUCUUCCAGGAAACUCUGAGGAUGUCCUCCGGUGCGAAAUUACACAUGUCAAUCUGAAUGAUGGCCCUGUAUACGACGCUAUAUCCUAUACCUGGGCCACUGAAUAUGGAGAUGCGGAACUUUCCAAGGCUAUUCUGUGUGUUCCAGGUGGAACGAUUCCGAUCACUGCAAAUUGCGAUGCUGUUCUUCGCCAUACUAAGCGGCUUGGGACGCAAAGGCUUUGGAUUGACGCAAUAUGCAUCGAUCAAACGAACCUCAACGAGCGCAACCAUCAGGUCGGACUCAUGGAUCUAAUCUACACUCGUGCCGGAAGUGUCUAUAGCUGCAUUGACCACACUUCGAAUUACGGGGAUCUCUUUCGCCGAUUGCAGGGUGAAAGCUCGAAGUCCUACACAGAGGAUUUUGCCUCGACUGAUUUGAGCAAUCUCUUCUCGCUGCGGUAUUUCAACCGAGUGUGGGUCAUCCAAGAAGUGGCUUUGGCACGAGCUGCUUAUUUACUCGUGAAUGAUGAUGUACUCCCGUUGACAGCUGCUGUCAUUGAUCAGAUGAAACGCAUCUAUGCGCAUAAGGAACUGCCUAGCGUUCUGAGAUGGUCUCUGGGUCAGAAGACGAAGCUCGGUGUCAUCGCUUGUCUACGUACAAGCAGCAGCAACCAGGCCACCGAUCCUCGCGAUCGAGUUUUUGCUGUCAUGGGGCUUAUGGAGGCUCAUGCCAAGUCGCUCAUACCGGUCGACUAUUCCCUGGAUCUUCAGCUUAUCUACAGAAUCGUAAUCGCGGCGAUCAUUGCGACUCGACAAAAGCUUGAUAUCUUGCUGUUCACAAGACACGACCCAAUCACACCCGAUGCACGUUGGUGGACGCUACCGUUUUUGAAUAUAGAAGCCUUCCAACAUUACUUGGAUUCAAUGGACGGGAGUUCCAAGUCCGAAGUCCACCGACUUUUCACCAAGCCGAGUCCUUGGUGUGCGACUAUUACGGUUACUUUAGUACCGCCUUCGGACUUCUGCAAUGCCUCUGUGCAGCGGAACACGUCAUGCUUCGUCGAAAUACCCCAAGAUGCCCCAUUUGGAUUAUUACCGCGGUUACGUGUACGGGCACAUUACAUCGAUAGCAUACGCGUAGCGGAUCUGAACAUCGUACAUGAGAUUGAUCAGACUGAUGCCUUUGUCAGCAGCUUCGCACGGACAAGCGACGUACAGUAUCAGCAUUUACGUAAUUCGCUCGCCAAUGAUGCAAGGGUAACAGAUUGCUUCAAAAGAGACAUUACGGUGGAGGCUAAGAUGGACUCUCGUUACGACAAGUCAAUACAGCCGGAUACCGAUUGCGAAGAUUUGGAACGCUUCGUUAAAGAUAGCUGGCGGCUGAAUUAUCGUCAUCGAAUGUUUUCAGGCCACUUUAGCGUAGGCUUUAGACCUCUUGACGCACAACCGACAGUGACUGACGAGGUCUUCGCUAUUGAUGGCGUGAAGACACUCUUCAUUCUGCGCAGAACAGCGAGUCAACAAUACAGAGUCGUAGGCGAGUGUUAUCUGUGGGCUGCAUGGGAACUGGACUGCUGGAAUCCAGGGACAAGAAAGGGGCGAUGGGGCCCGUCUGUCUCGAGGCCUACUGUCGAGCAGACACGCAUGAUUGAGAUAUACUAA